GGAUGAGUCACAUGACGUCUGAUAAGGUAAUCGCGUAGUAAGCAGUCAGCUUACAACUCAGUGACAGUCAGUUUGUAGCUGAGACUCUGCAGAACAUGCACUAAAGUACUAGAGCUGCUGUUUCAAGUUUUCAACCAUGGAGAAAGCAUCCCAUUUAUCUGUGAUAGUAGACCUAUCUCCAACACAAUGGCACCUCUCUGCGCAAACUUCAAACCAGUAUCCACUCUCCAUCGAGACGUUCCUCUCGCAGCUCCUCGCAUUUUUGAACGCGCAUAUCGCGUCCAAGCAUGAGAAUUCACUUGUAGUAUUUGGCGCGCUUCCUGGGAAGAGUGUGUUGCUCUAUUCAUCCACGGAGCUCCUCUCGGAUGACGCGCCCUCUUUGGAUGCUAACUCGUAUCUGCCUUUCAAGCUUGUGGACUCGACAGUCGUACAGAGGAUCAUGAACGAGUUCGAUGCUAUCGGAGAGCUUGAGGAGGAACCUCCAUGUGCGUUGGUAGGCGCUGUGACGAAGGCAUUGUGCUACAUCAACCGCAUCACCCAUCCUUCAUCAACGAUGCCCGGUGUCGCAGAGGACCCGUCGAUCGUCCACGACCCUCGCAUUUUGAUCCUUUCAGUCUCCCCUGACUUGUCUUCUUCAUACAUCCCGAUUAUGAACGCUAUCUUCUCCGCACAGAAACUGAAAGUGACAAUUGACGUGUGCAAGGUUUAUGGGCCCGAUACCGUAUUUUUGCAGCAAGCAGCCCACCUGACAAACGGGUCCUACAUCUACCUCGAACGCAGAGAUGCACUCUUGCAAUACCUGAUUAUGUCUUUCUUGUCACCGACAUCCAUCCGCAAGAUUCUAGCUGUGCCAAAGCAAGACAAAAUUGACUUCCGCGCUGCAUGCUUCUGCCACAAGAACAUUGUAGACAUCGGUUUCGUGUGCUCCGUCUGUUUAUCUAGUACGCAUUAUCUUUACUGUUUUGUCACUAAAUUCUAAGGAGCCUGUGAUCCUGCAGUUUUCUGUCAACCACUCCCGGUAUGCUCCACAUGCAGGUUAGCUACCCUCAUUCCCUGGCUCCCCACAUUCUGACGGACAUGCAGAACAAAGUUUCCAAUCAAUACACUCAAACGACUCAAUGCUGCUCGCCCCACUAUCACUCCUGCAAAUUCACGCACAGGGCUUCCGCUGGCCACUUUGAACAACGCGGCAUCGCCUCGUCCAACUUCCACUCCACCGAAUGGGAUGUCCAGUCUCCGAUGACAACGGGGAGAUGGCCCUCACAUCAUGGCGCACCAUAAUAAGAGUUAUGUACCGAGAUAAUAAUCGCGUCCGUUGACACAAUAUUAUCCUCCGAAUGCUACCGAUGAAUUGGCAGCGCAGUUAUGAACACUGACGAUUUGUCUUCAUCUACGGUGGAACCAGUCGAUGCUGGACGGCGCAAAAUGGAUGCCU